AAUUUGAGAGAGCAGAAAUGCUGAGACGAAAGCCAACCAAGAUCGAACUCAAAAUCGAAGACAAAGACGAACUCGAAGAAGCUCGCAAGCUGCGCGCCGCCGCCUCCUCCACCACAACCACAACCACCGCCGCCACUACCCUCCUCCACCACCUCGACCGCGCCAAAGACACCUCCUCCAAAACGCACCGCAUCGGCCUUCCUCAGUAAUCGAAGCUCGAACGCCCUCAAAAAACCUUCAUGUCUCAAAUCCCCAAAGCUCUGAUGGAAGUCGAGGUCAAGCUCAGGCUCCUCGACGCUGCCGCUCACCGCCAAGUCACCACCCUCCUGGCGCCAUUCCUCGUCGCCACGCAUCGCCAAGAGAAUUUCUUUUUUGACGGCUCCAAAGCCGAGCUCUCGGCCCGCCGAGCGGUUCUCCGGCUACGAUUCUCCGACAGGAGUCCUCUCUGCGCCGUGACGCUCAAGGCGCGGGCGGUGCUUGUCGAUGGCGUCAGCCGAGUGGAGGAGGACGAGGAGGAGUUUGAUCACUCGAUCGGGCGGGCCUGCGUCGCCGAGCCGGAUAAGCUGAUGGCCGCGGAGUCUAGGGUUUUGAGGAGGGUGAGGGAGGAAUUUGGGGUUUUAGGGUUUGUGGGAUUGGGAGGAUUUAGGAAUGUGAGGGAUGUGUAUGAUUGGAAAGGCUUGAAAUUGGAGGUGGAUGAGACUAAGUAUGAUUUUGGUACUUGUUAUGAGAUUGAGUGUGAGAGUUCUGACCCUGAAGGAGUGAAGGUGGUGCUUGAGGACUUCUUGAAGGAAAAUGGUGUUCGGUAUUCCUACUCCGAAGUGUCAAAGUUUGCGACUUUUCGAGCUGGGAAGCUGCCCGUUACUGAGUGAAUGUGGUUAUUCAGCAGAGCGCAACUGGAAAGGAUGAGGACGUCUCCAAAUCCCCGAGAUCACUGUACUCUGCUUCUGUUCCGAACUUCAUCGUCUCAUUCUAUUGUCAUAGAACUCCAAUACUUUCUUAACGCAAGGACGUCGGCAAAUUCCAUUGUUUGUAAUAAAUUGCACUAAUGUCACAUUAUAUGUUUUCGUAGCGUAAAUUGUUCAUCGUUAACAUGAUAUAUACUAAGCUCUGAGAGCGCGUUUGAUUGAA